AUGGAGCCACUGAGGGCGGUCAGAGUGGAUAAGCCGAAACGCACCAGCUCCGUGCCAGGGAGCCUAAGGAGGCCCGCGCAUAGACGUAGUAUUCCGCAGGCUCUCGUAGAUGCAUUGUGCGCGGCGCGUGAGCGCUUUGGGCGCUUCGGCGUGAGCCCGCCGGCGGAGGCCGCCGCACCGCCGCCCCCCGAUGCAGGGGCGCGUGGGGCCACGCAGGCGGCCGAAGAGGAGGAGGGUAGGGGCGCGCACGCCCGGCAGCCGCAGCUGGAGUCCUCCCCCCCAGUGCCGGAGGUGUCGGCAGCGACGCCGUCAUCGAGUGGGGCGGUGGCAGACAUCCACGCAGCUGCAACGGAGCCAGCAGAAGGGGAAGAGGCGGGGCAGGGGACCGCUACCGCCGCCGCCGCCGCCGCCGCCGCCGCCGCCCCAAAGGUCCGACUCACCGCCUCGGAGACGUGCAUUCCGUACGGUGUCGCUGUCACGCGGGAGGCCAUGCAGCGACUGAAGCAUGUGGUGGGACACUGCCCAGAGAAGACCGCGGUGUUUCUUGAACACCUCCGCGAGGUGGUGGCGACGACGGUGCCUGACAUUCCCGCGGCCCCUGUUCCGACGGCGUCGAGAGGGAAAGGCGGUUCCUCUGCACAUUUCACGGCUCGCCAACUCGAGGCGUUGUCGGAAUUAUGGGGCAACCGGCGAGAAGCACCUGUCUCCGUAUCCACCACGAUCGGGCGGAAGCGCGGCCUUUUUGGGGAUCUGGAGCCCAAGCAGCUGCAUCAACAUGUCAUUUCCGUCCUGAACCGCGUUUCGAACGAAACACGCAAGUACCGCG